AAUACGCGGCCGACUUGGUCCGCUGUGCUGGGGGGUUUUUUGUACUUUAAAUAACGUUGCCUCUGAAGCUCGAGCGGACUUGACAGCGGGGAUAGCUUUUAUUGUUUGUCGCAUUUUGAGAGAUCAUCUUUUGGAAGGGGGGGGUUCCUUCAGGCAAUUACACGCCGGUCUCUUAGAUGGGUUGUUUCUCAACCGGUGGGACGGAUGCGAAGGUCGGGUAGGUGGGACUUCGACUCGUUGCCCGAGUGAAAGAACCAGUUAUUUGCGCUUUUAAUGGAGGCAUCAGUAGAUAGCUCCAACUGCAGCUUUGUGGGGGUUUGUUUUUAUCAGGGUGGGAGCAGGGUUUUUUGGUGGGGGGUUUUGUUUUUUGACAAAACAGUUGCGAGCCGGUGUCUGAGAUGAAACAUUUCUUCAACUUUACACCCUGCCUUUGUACACUCAGUUGAUCAGAGGAAAGUUUUCUUUCCGCCCCCUCCUCCCCAGAUUGCAACAUGAUUUUUGGACCCAAAUCUAUCUCCUAUUCAUUUGUACUCAAAGAUCAACAUUUAACAAGUAGCAUUCCUCUUCGAGACUGAUCUGGCAACUAACUGUGUUCAGAGUUGUGAACAGCGAGCUAUACCUAAGACUGACGGCAGGGUGGAAAAGCUAAACUUGCAGGGCGAGUGCUAAAGACUUCUGCAGCAGCAAGUGUUUGGAAGCGUAUUGUAGAAUUGAAAUCGACUGACAGAAAUUAAAACUUUGCCCAAUAAAUGGGGCCUAGGCUCUUGAGAUAGUUGAAGCAAGUCAAAAGAAUCUGUAUUCAGGGAGUAACUAGAAGGCAGGGUAGAUGUGCACCUUAUAGACUAACUGAAUCAGAUGCAUCAGCUGUCGUAGGCAACAGCAGCAGGUAACAUCAAAAGGUGCUGGUUUAAAUCCCAAUGCAAAAGUAUGGCAAGAAGCUCCACAGGGAAGCACUGAAGCUGCACAAGUGACCAAUGGCACUGAGCAUUCGUGGCCGGAAACGGCAGCCACAUCAGGGACUCAUACUGAGGGUAACGUAGAGAUUUCAGAGGAUAGCUGCAAGCAGUAUGAAGUGAUGUAUUCCCCAUCUUGUGAAGCUCCAAGAAAUGGCACAGGUGUUGAGGAAGCAGCUGCUAAUGGACUGGUCCUAGCAACUGAAGAUCUUGGCUACCAAAUUUAUGAUGCUUCUGGUGAAGGAGGCUCUGCUGUGUCUACAGAAGACCUUAAAGAAUGUUUGAAGAAACAACUUGAAUUCUGCUUCUCACGUGAGAAUCUGUCAAAGGAUCUCUACUUGAUGUCUCAAAUGGACAGCGAUCAGUUUAUUCCAAUAUGGACAAUUGCCAACAUGGAAGGAAUUAAGAAGCUGACCACUGAUAUGGACCUUAUUCUUGAAGUAUUGAGAUCUUCUCCUAUGGUACAAGUGGAUGAGAGAGGAGAGAAAGUAAGACCAAACCACAAACGAUGCAUCAUUAUUCUUCGUGAGAUCCCUGAAACGACCCCUGUUGAGGAAGUUAAGGCUCUGUUUAAAAAUGAGAAUUGCCCCAAAGUGAUAAGCUGCGAGUUCGCUCACAAUAACAACUGGUACAUUACAUUCCAGUCUGAUACUGAUGCACAACAGGCAUUUAAAUACUUAAGGGAAGAAGUAAAAACCUUUCAGGGCAAGCCAAUAAUGGCAAGGAUAAAAGCCAUCAACACUUUUUUUGCUAAGAAUGGUUACCGGGUAGUGGAUUCCAAUGUCUAUACUCAGCCGGUUCAAACACAAGCACAGUUUGCCUCACCACUGUUUAUGCAGCCUGUUUAUAGUCCUCAGCAGUACUCUAUCUACAGUAUUGUGCCUCAGACCUGGUCUCCAAGCCCUGCACCUUACUUCGAAACACCACUGGCUCCCUUUCCCAAUGGUGGAUUUGUGAAUGGCUUUAGUUCACCAGGAUCAUAUAAGACAAAUGCUGCUUUGAGUAUAGGUCGCCCAUUCCAUAGAAACCGUGUGAAGCCUCACUUCCGGCCCUCGGGUAGCUCGGAACACUCUGCAGAAAGCCCAGCUGCAGUCGGUACCGUGUCGAUAGGGGAUGGACCACUGAACAGAACUAGCUCCAGGAGUUUUGUCAUGGAGCGACAUACCAGUGUGUUGACAGGGCACCAAGAGCAAGGCUAUUCUCAAAAGGAUUUGCCAAUCUCACAGAUGGAACAGAAUGGCGACUACGGCAUUGGCAGGGGCAGGAGGAACAUUUUCAGAGGUCGAAGGAGGCGGGAAGAUGACAGGAUUUCACGACCCCAGCCUUUGCCAGAAACAAAGGCUCCAACACCAAAGUUUGACUUGCUUGCAUCCAACUUUCCCCCUCUGCCUGGCAGCACAGCAAAAACGCAAGGAGAGCCUGUGCUGGAGAGCAGAAUGUCUGAUGUUGUGAAAGGAAUCUGCAAAGAGAAGGAGAGCAAGGACUUGCCAGUUACUUGUCCAGCUUCUGCUCAAGAAGAGCAGACGCCUUGUACAGCUCAGCAGCCCGUCACAAGUGCAAGUUCGCCAAGCAGGACUGAGGAUCCUGUGCUAAGCACAACUCGGACCGACAGCAAGCCAGACGAGGUUUCGGCUGAGAAAGAAGCGACAAGCCAUGCUUCCCCACCUGUGUCUUUCUGUCCUGUUGCUGCGAAGCCACCAAGGACAAAUACCACUUCAUCCUCUACCAAUGCAAAUGCAGCACCUGCUGUGACAGUACAGGAACCACGCAAGCUAAGCUAUGCCGAAGUUUGCCAGAAACCCCCAAAGGAGCCGACGCCAGGUCCUGUUCAGCCACUGAGGGAGCUUCGUACCAACAUAGUUUCCCCUGCCAAAAAUGAAGAAAACGGUACUCCUGAGAAGGCUUUGGAAAGGCCCCAUGAGAAGCUUGAAGGCCGAAUGAAGGAUUACUCUGGGUUCAGAGGCAAUGGGCCUCCUAGGGGAGCUGCUGGGAAAAUCAGGGAACAGAGGCGUCAGUUUGGACGCAGGUCAUCGCCUCAGGGAGCACCGCGGCGUAUCGGCAAGGAGCAGUACGUGCCGCCCCGAUCACCAAAGUAAAACUCGUCCAACUCUCUUCUCUCUCUUUAAAUUGAGCUGUGGACUAAAGAGCAGCAGAGAAGGCAGACUGAAAAAGAGGAGGUAUUCAGGAAGGCGAAUACUGAAUCGGAGUUGCGGAGAAGUUGGGGAGCAUCCCAAAAUUCAUCUCUCAA